GUUUCUCAUCAGGAUGCAGUGCAGCCACGUGAAGCUUUGUCUGCAUCUCCUCCUCUUUCACCUGCUGGUGUCGGCUGGCCCAGAUGAAACAGAGAAAGUGGUUCUGGAGGUCAUCACUGACAGCUCCCCCUGCAGCACCACCUGUGGGCUGGGCAUCAAAACCCAAACCCUGUGUCUGCUGAAAGACAGCCAGAAGGCUCUGGAGGAAAAAGUGGAGCGGACCGGUGGAACCAAGGGCGUGAGUCAAACGAAGGUGUCAGAGGAGUGUCGGGUCCGUAAGGUGAACUGUUUGGAACUAUGGCAGUGUGGACUCCAGACUGUGACUGUGACGACGGGGCAGAGGGUGGAGCUCGACUGUCUGGGUGAAGUCAUGGAGGCCAUGGGAAGAUUCUCCUGGAGGGUGUCUUGGCGCUACGCUCGAGGAAUCAUCAGCUCUGACGACUCUCUCUUUGAACGCUGGAACGCUCCUCUUCUGGACCGGAUGGUUCUGGACCCUGUUAAAGAAGAGAGUGCAGGAACUUACCGCUGUGACGUCCAGGAUACCAACUUCCGUCAAGUGAAGAGGAUCUACUGGGGUAUCCGGGUUCUGCCUGUCGGGGUCGUCAACCUGGAUUAUGAAAGCGCUCUGGACCAGUGGAAACAGGAUGAGAUCCAGCAGAAGCAACUUCAAACGGGUUCUCAUACGGUUCUUCUGUACACGGUGGGGAUCAGUUUGAGCCUCGCCAUAGUCUGUACUGGACUCUUCAGCCUCUACAGGAAACUGAAAAGAAGAGGAUCCAAUAAAUAAAAUAUUAUUUUUCACUUUA